AUGAACUUUCCUGAUAGUGACGAUAUCCUGGUUUCCCGGGUUUCUUUCAAUCCCGUUGGAAACCGGAAUUCGGUUCAAGAUACGGAGAGCUUACCAACCAUAGAUCAAAUUCCCACCGCUAGGGCAAGCGUAGCUAUGCUGGACAAGCUAUGGACACAGAUUGACGUAUUAGAUGACGUAAAGGCGAUGGCUGAAACGGUGAGCAAGCAUGGCAGCUUUUUCACAGAAGAAUUUGCUACCAGUCUACAGCUGAUAAAGAGUUCCCAAGAGAAACUACUAGAUAAGGUGGUCACCUAUCAGGCUGCAACUAACAAAACACGAGAAGAACGCGAAAAGACAUUCACCUAUGCACUGGCUAAAAAUGACGCUACUGACACAGAGCAGGAAAAUGAGCAAAUACGGCAGAGAAUGAACGACUUUUUUGCGCUGCCACCUAAACCAGCAAGCGAAGAUCCUAAACUCAAAGACUUCGACGAGCUAGACAACUACAUAAAUGAAGUUCGCGGAAACAUGUACGAUAUUUCGGAUCAGAUGAAAAACUACGAUGCAAUCAGGGAGAAACUCUGGUGA